UGUGAUCUGUGACAAUUUCGAACUCCGGCAUUCCUCGCAGAAAGUACUUGCAUUUUUGUACCGCAAACCAAAUUGCACUUAACUCCAGCUCAAUGGUAGCGUAGUUCUUCUGUGCCGAAGAUAAGGCGUACGAGCCACACUGAACAAUGCGGAUCUUUCCGCGUCCAUCCACCAACCUUUCGCGCUGGAUCAGGGCGAAGCCCAACCCGUGUAGACGCGAGGCAUCCGUCAACAAUUGCGUAUGCCAUGCCGGGUCAAAUGGUUGGACGACUGCUGGGGAGGUCAAGAUGUCCUUGGCCUUCUCAAACUCAACCUCAUGUUCAGGCAGCCACAGCCAGGCCGCUGAUUUCUUCAACAACUCCCCCAUCUUGACAGUGGAGUGCUGGAGGUCGGGCACAAACGCGCCUAGCUGGUUCGCCAGUCCAAGGAAAGAUCGCAGAUCCUUGAGUGCCAAGUCCGUACGCAAGCUGAAGACGUCCCCACUUCCCUUCCAGCCCAUGGGGGCGACCAGUGGGCGGUACUUACCAUUGGGCAACAAGAAUGCGCACAAGUACGGGGACUUCUCGUCCAGCAGAAUCUGGAAGUAUCCUUGUAAGGCGUCCAACUUUGCAAACCAUCUGCUCUCCGACUGGAUCUGGUGCAUUAUAUCAGGGACCAAGGAGAAAGGGUGGACUGGGCGCUUUGUUGCCUUGUUCAACCUCCGGCAGUCCACAACCAUCCUCACCUUGCCGCCCGGUUUUGGCACAAAGUGAGCGGGCGCGCACCACUCCUUCGGCUCCGGGCACCGAACCAUAAUCUUAGCGCGCAGCAAUUCCUCUUGCAAAACUGUGGACGGUUCUUCAUGGUGUACCGGGAUCGAUCUUGCCGUUAAGACAUGGUAAGGUACAAUACGUUUAUUAUCCUUCAGUUCAAUUUUCAUAGCACCGCCAGACAUGGAGCCCGCCGCAUCUCCAAGCGAGGAGACCAUCACAUCCGCUGCGCCCGUCAAGAAGUGGCGGAUCCACUCGACCUCGCUCUUUGCUUCACCAUUGAUCUUGCUGAUGGCUUUCUCGAUUUCUGCGAAUUGCUUCUUGGACAGGGGUGGAGGUGUCUCCACAUCCGGCGUGGCGUCCGGCGGCGGUGUGGCGUCUGCUUUGAUCGAGUUGAUUGAUCUUAUCACACUAAUGGACCGCAGGAAAGUCGGGCGAGAGGACACCCAAGGCAAUGAGGUCAUUCUUGCCGAUGAGCGGAUCCAUCAUGUCCGGGGAGACCGCCGCCGAUAUAGUCACCUCCGGGCCAUUCGGCGCGCAACAAGAGAACACAACCUUUCCCACAUUUUGUAGCAGUGUUCCAUUUGCCGCGCUCAGCACAGUCCGCAAGGGUGCCAAGACAGAUCCAUGUGGACAUGCCGCCACCGGUAUGACUGUGCAAGCUGCUCCCGAGUCAGCUAAACCUUUGAUCUUGAAUCCAUUGUUGCCAUAUCUUCCUGAGAUUGUAAUAAA